AUUUUAAUAGUAUCUACGAAUCUGUUUGUUAAAUUUAAUAUUCACAAUGUCCACAUACUAUUUUGUUAUAGUUGGGCACAAUGACAAUCCCAUAUUCGAAAAAGAGUUUAGCACAAUUAACAAAGAGCAGCGCAAGGAGGAUCACAGGCAUCUUAACCAGUUUAUAGCUCAUGCUGCAUUAGAUUUGGUAGAUGAGCACAAAUGGAAAACAGCCAAUAUGCAAUUGAAAAGCAUAGAUCGUUUUAAUCAAUGGUUUGUGUCCGCUUUUAUUACAGCGUCGCAGAUACGCUUCAUCAUUGUGCACGACAAUAAAAACGAUGAGGGCAUCAAAAACUUCUUUAAUGAAAUGUACGAUACGUAUAUAAAGCAUUCGAUGAACGCCUUCUAUAAAAUCAACACGCCCAUUAAAUCUCUGAUGUUUGAUAAGAAAUCGGAUAUCUUUGGUCGCAAGUAUUUGUUAUCGUAAUAUAAUAAU